AUGGCGGACGCCACAUGCACUCCAACCCACUGUGGGGAAGCGCCCGAUAUCCUAGCAAGGCUGGCAAGCACCUUCGAUGUCUUCUGGAGGAAAUUGGCACACAGAUUAAAGCAAGCUGCAACACACACAGCAGACGACUGCUUGCCUGAUAUGCUGGACCGAG